AUGACGGAGACAUCAGCUAAGAUGUUGGAUGCGGAAACGAAAGAGGAGGAGCAGCGUGCAACUCCUCUUUUCAGCAAUCCGGCGGCAGCAGCCAACCCCCCGGAUCGUGCAGAGCUGCCGCCGUUGCGCCUGGCCCUGCUAAGUUUUGGUCUCUCGGUUGGACUCUUCCUGAGCUUCCUCGACACUUCUAUCGUUGCUACCAGUCUCUAUACCAUCGGGGUCGAGUUCGAUGACCUCGAAACCGUGAACUGGGUAGCGCUCGCCUACACCUUGUCGUACCUCGGAUGCGCGGUCUUCUUGGCUCGCAUGUCUGAUGUCAUAGGCCGACGCGGUGCUUUCCUGGUAUCCUACAUCAUCUUCAUUGCUUUCUCUAUCGCUUGUGGCUUCGCGGAGAGCCUAGGACAGCUCAUUGCAUGUCGUGCACUCCAAGGAAUUGGAGGCUCAGGCCUUUACUCCAUAUCGAUGGUCAUCUUCCCCGAAGUCUCCCCACCUAGACUGCAGCAGCUUCUAGGAGGGGUGAUUGGAAUGAUCAUCGCCAUGUCUAGCGUACUGGGUCCGAUACUGGGUGGCGUAUUCACCCACUAUGCAACGUGGAGAUGGAUCUUUUGGAUCAAUGCUCCGAUUGGCGCAGUGUCGAUAGCCCUAUUCUACUUUACCUGGCCGAAACCCCAAUACCUGCCAGACCAAGAGCGGAGAGGCUGGAGGGAACUUGACUAUCUCGGCUCGGUCCUUUUGAUUGCCUCGGCGGUGUCAGUAGUGUUUGCUUUCCAGAGCGCUGCAGGUAACCAGGAACACUGGACGCAAGCAAUCUUCCUGGCGCCACUAAUCGUUGGUCUGUUUGGUUCGGUCAGCUUGCUCGUAUGGUCGAUGUUUGUAGAGCGGCACUGGGGCGAUACAAUGGCUGCGGCGAUCCCUAUACGCCUCCUACAUAAUCGGGCCUAUGCCUCGGCCGUUCUCAACACCAUGUUUCUUGGGUUCCCCUAUCUCCUCACUGUCUAUGCAUUCCCGCUAAGACUGCAGGUGGUCAACGGUAAGGGUGCCCUCAUGGCGGGGGUGAUGCUUCUCCCCAUGUUGGGAUCAAGUGCUGUAGGCUCCUUCUUGGCUGGCAUGGUGAACGGGAAGAAGGACAGAAACUUCGAGACGUUGAUCGUGGGCACAUGCUUGAUGGUCUCGGGCUGCGGACUUAUGUCGACACUUUCAGAUUCGUUUGAUCUCGAGGCGAAGGCCUUGGGUUUCCUGGUCUUCGUCGGCCUUGGCUUCGGAAUGACGAUCUCAACUGCAACCAUGCUCACGUCGUUACAUUCUUCCAUCAGAGAUCAUGCUCCGGCGCAGGGCAUAGUGGCGCAAGUUCGAGUCUUAGGUGGCAGUAUCGGUAUUGCAGCUUCGUCGGCUAUCCUGGGUGUGACACUCCGGAAGCAGUUUGGGGAAACCGUCUCACCUGAAGAACUGUCGUCACUCAAGGGAAGCGGUAGUGGCCUGACUCCGAAUCAAGCUGCUCUAGUCAGACAGGCAUACUCGGAUGCCUUCAACGAGGAGAUGCGGGUGUGUGCAGUCGUUGCCGCCGUGGCCGUACUCUUCACCUUCGGCAUCUUCAGUCGAAAACGCGUUACGCCAGAUGAACACAGACAGCAGCAGAUCCGGGACGAGGUUCAACGAAGGAGAAAUGCGGCUGUCGUGGAUAGGCCACGAUCGUUUGAGAUGCAGGUCCUAUGA